CAAACCAGUCACAUAAACCAGUGACACAAACCAGUGACACAAACCAGUCACAUAAACCAGUCACACAAACCAGUCACAUAAACCAGUGAGACAAACCAGUGAGACAAACCAGUCAGACAAACCAGUGACACAAACCAGUGACACAAACCAGUCACAGAAACCAGUCACCCAAACCAGUCACCCAAACCAGUCAGACAAACCAGCCACACAAACCAGUCACAUAAACCAGUGACACAAACCAGCCACACAAACCAGUCACAUAAACCAGUCACAUAAACCAGUCACCCAAACCAGUCACAUAAACCAGUCCCACAAACCAGUCCCACAAACCAGUCCCACAAACCAGUGACACAAACCAGCCACACAAACCAGUCACAUAAACCAGUCACAUAAACCAGUCACCCAAACCAGUCACAUAAACCAGUCCCACAAACCAGUCCCACAAACCAGUCCCACAAACCAGUCAGGGCUGUGCCGUGAGCUGCUCUUGUGCCACCUAAGGGUAAAACAGAAACGGGUUUUGCUCUGUGGGUUGCCCGUGGGGCAGGGGGUGCCGUCCCAUCCUGGGGUCCCCCCAGACCACCCCCGUCCCCCCAGCACGUCCCUGGGGGGUCUCCCCCCCUCCCUGCCCGCAGGUGAACCAGGGGAACAUGCCGGGCAUCCAGAGCACCUUCCUGGCCAUGGACACGGAGGAGGGGGUGGAGGUGGUGUGGAACGAGCUGCUCUUCACCGACAAGAAGGCCUUCAAAGCACACGAGGAGAAGAUCAAGACCAUGUUCGAGCAGCUGGUGCUGGUGGAUCACCCCAACAUCGUCAAGCUGCACAAGUACUGGCUGGACGUGAAGGACUCCAAGGCACGGGUGAUCUUCAUCACGGAGUACGUGUCCUCGGGGAGCCUCAAGCAGUUCCUGAAGAAAACCAAGAAGAACCACAAGGCCAUGAACGCCCGGGCCUGGAAGCGCUGGUGCACCCAGAUCCUCUCGGCUCUCAGCUUCCUGCACUCCUGCGAGCCCCCCAUCAUCCACGGCAACCUGACCAGCGACACCAUCUUCAUCCAGCACAACGGGCUCAUCAAGAUCGGCUCGGUUUGGCACCGGGGUGUUUGCCAACGCCCUCCCGGACGACCUGAGGAGCCCCAUGAGGAUCGAGAGGGAGGGAGCUGCGGAACCUGCACUUCUUCCCCCCGGAGUACGGCCGUGAGUGGGGGGGGAAACACGGCCGGGA